GUCGGCAGGAACGUGACCCGGAAGCUAUUCGAGCGAAAGCAAGCGCCCUUUAUCGGCCGUCGUUGCUUUUUGUAUCUCUCUGAUUGAGCAGCGGGGAAAGGCUCAAGCUGGAUGCUUACAUUCGCAACUUAACAGAAAAACGUCCAGGAAGGUGAUAGAAGACGAGAGACUAAAGAAUUCAAAACAGGAAAUGGAGCGCCCAAGCACGAGUCCUGCGCAGAAACAACACAAUGAAGAGUCGGACGAGGAUGCUGAGCGCCAGCGAGAUUCCCCUCUUCUUGACAGUCCAAACCAAAAAGAACAAGUAGGAGGCGGUGGCGGGGAUGCGGCCGGCGGUCGGGCAGGAAGCGGCGGCGGCAGCAGCAGCGGCAGCAGCAGCAGCAGCGAGGAUGAACAUCACGUUGCCAUGAGGAAGAUCAGGAGCAGCGUGGCUCACGUCACGAGGGCUGCAGAAGAGCCGCCGGCCGAUAUCGGACAACCUGACGGGUCCCCGUCCAGAAGCGCUGGAUCUGUGGGACGGGACGGAUCCGGGUCGACGAGCCCGGAGAGAUCCGCGGGGCUCGAUCGGUCUAGGGGACGAGAGCGGUCUGGAGGUCACGAGCGGUCCGGGUCCAGGCGACGAGAACGGUCCAGAGGGCGAGAGCGGUCCAGGUCCAGAGGGCGAGAGCGGUCCAGGUCCAGAGGGCGAGAGCGGUCCAGGUCCAGAGGGCGAGAGCGGUCCAGGUCCAGAGGGCGAGAGCGGUCCAGAGGGCGAGAGCGGUCCAGAGGGCGAGAGCGGUCCAGAGGACGAGAGCGGUCCGGGUCCAGAGACCGUUACGGUUCUGACAGAAGCCGGCACCCUCGGGAUCGUCGCGGCCGCUCCCCCUCGGCCAACGGUGAUCCGCCGGCCAAGAAGAAGAAGGAGGAGCUGGACCCCAUCUUGACCCGGACGGGCGGCGCUUACAUCCCGCCCGCCAAGCUGCGCCUGAUGCAGCAGCAGAUCACCGACAAGAGCAGCUUGGCCUACCAGAGGAUGAGCUGGGAGGCGCUCAAGAAGUCCAUCAACGGUCUCAUCAACAAAGUCAACGUGUCCAACAUCGUCAACAUCAUCCAGGAGAUCCUGCAGGAGAACAUCGUCAGGGGCAGGGGUCUGCUGUCGCGCUCGGUGCUGCAGGCGCAGGCGGCGUCUCCCAUCUUCACGCACGUCUACGCCGCCGUGGUGGCCAUCAUCAACUCCAAGUUCCCGCAGAUCGGCGAGCUCAUCCUCAAGCGGCUCAUCCUCACCUUCAGGCGCGGAUACCGGCGCAACAUCAAGCAACAAUGUCUGACAUCAUCCAAGUUUGUGGCCCACCUGAUCAACCAGAACGUGGCCCACGAGGUUCUGUGCCUGGAGAUGCUGACGCUGCUUCUGGAGCGGCCCACCGACGACAGCGUGGAGGUGUCCAUCGCCUUCCUCAAGGAGUGCGGCCUCAAGCUCACCGACGUCUCCCCGCGCGGCAUCAACGCCAUUUUCGAGCGCCUGCGCAACGUCCUGCACGAGUCGGCCAUCGACAAGCGCGUGCAGUACAUGAUCGAGGUGAUGUUCGCCAUCCGCAAGGAUGGCUUCAAGGACCACCCCGUCAUCCCCGAGGGUCUGGACCUGGUGGACGAGGACGACCAGUUCACGCACAUGCUGCCGCUGGACGACGACUACGACGGCGACGACGUCCUCAAUGUGUUCAAGAUGGACCCCAACUUCGAGGAAAACGAGGAGAAGUACAAGACGCUGAAGCGAGACAUCUUGGACGAGGGCAGCGGCGACUCGGGGGAGGAAGACGACAGCGACGACGACCAAGAUGAGGAAGAUGGCGACGGCAAGCCCGAGGGGGAAGACGAGAAGGUGACCAUCUUGGAUCAGACGGAGGUCAACUUGGUGGCCUUCAGGCGGACCAUCUACCUUGUCAUUCAGUCCAGUUUGGACUUUGAGGAGUGUGCACACAAGCUCAUCAAGAUGGACUUUCCCGAUAGUCAGACGAAGGAGCUUUGCAACAUGAUUCUAGACUGCUGUGCUCAACAGAGGACUUACGAGAAGUUCUUUGGUCUGCUGGCAGGGAGGUUCUGCCUGCUGAAGAAGGAGUACAUGGAGAGCUUUGAGGCCAUCUUUGCCGAGCAGUACGAAACCAUCCACCGUCUGGAGACCAACAAGCUGAGGAACGUGGCCAGACUCUUUGCGCACCUCCUUUACACCGACUCUGUGCCGUGGAGCGUUCUGGAGUGCAUCAAGAUCAGCGAGGAGACCACCACCUCCUCCAGCAGGAUCUUUGUCAAGAUUCUCUUCCAGGAGCUCUGCGCCUACAUGGGCCUGCCCAGACUCAACCAGCGCUUCAAGGACAUGACGCUGCAGAGCUUCUUUGAAGGCCUCUUCCCUCGCGACAAUCCCAGGAACACCCGAUUCGCCAUCAACUUCUUCACCUCCAUCGGCCUGGGAGGCCUGACGGACGAGCUGAGGGAACAUCUGAAGAACGCCCCCAAGAUGAUCAUG